AAAGCCGGUCAGCCGACUAAAGCUUCGUCCCGGUGUAAAGGAAGAUUCAAAGAAAAACAGAAAUUGGGCAGAACCGUCGAUCGCUAGCCAGUUAUUAUCCGAAAGGAAAGUCAAUCUUAUCGUAUGUCCGCUAUCCAGAACCUCCAAACUUUCGACCCAUUUGCUGAUGCAACUAAGGGUAAUGACAGGCUCCCAUCUGGGACUGACGACUACAUCCACAUAAGAAUCCAGCAGCGUAACGGCAGGAAGACUCUGACCACGGUCCAGGGCAUAGCCGUCGACUAUGAUAAGAAGAAGCUAGUCAAGGCCUUUAAGAAGAAAUUUGCCUGCAAUGGGACAGUGAUUGAGCACCCAGAGUAUGGGGAAGUGAUACAGCUGCAAGGUGACCAGCGCAAGAAUAUCUGCACGUUUCUGAUUGAGAUUGGCCUGGCGAAAGAGGAGCAGCUCAAGGUCCACGGAUUCUAAAAGCUCUCAGCAGCCUCAGCUCCACUGGUCCUGAUACACUACAUGGCCAAAAGUAUGUGGACA